AUGGAAAUCCCCCAAUCAAAUCAGCUUUCACCAUCCCCCCAAAGAUUCCCCGAUUGCUGCCUGGGGAUAUCCAGCACCUUACUCGACCAUCUCAUUUCCAUCCUCCCCCAAAAACCAACAUUCACCGUGUCCGUGGGCAGUGGGUCUGGCCUAUUAGAAGCUCUGAUCGUGAACCGUGGAGACGUAUCCGUGCAUGGCGUGGAGAUCGGCUCAAGUGUCAAUCGAUACAUUGCCGAAGAAGACAUGCAUGUCGUUACUGGAGGUUGGGGCCUCUGCCCUGCUGCUCAGCAGGCUUCGGCGUGGAUAUUUGUGUACCCGCGUGAUCCAAGACUUAUUAAAAAGUACAUUGAUACUUAUGGUCAUCUGUCCAUUGAGUUGAUUGUGUGGUUGGGGCCUCGGGUGGAUUGGCCGGAUUAUGAGACUCAGUUUACUCAGUCAUUGUUCUCGGAUUUGAUUUUUCCAGAUAAUAUUGGGUUAACCCCCUAUGAGAUUAUGGUCGUUGCGAGGAAAAUCCGGAGAGUCAAAUGUGGAGAGGAAAGACCCAAGUGCCACCGCUGCACAAGUACUGGGCGCAAAUGCGAUUUUGAGAGUGAUGUCUCUUCCGCAGCGCCCUUGACUCCAGUAUCCCUAGUUCCAGGCUACGCCCUCUCAUCAUCCCCGAAUUCUGGACAACGAGAGCGCCGUGCAUUCGAGUAUUACUUCCAACAUGCUGCCCGAUAUUUAUCCGGGGGUAUGAAUAUCGAUUUUUGGACUGGCGUUGUUCCGCAAAUUUGUCGCACUGAGCCCGCCGUGUGGGAUGCCAUAAUCGCCAUCAGCAGUUUGUUUGAGUAUCCAGAACAAGCAUCUCAUUUCACAUUCUUGGGGCCCGGAAGGCAGACUUCGGCCCUUAAUCAAGCUCAGAAAGAGGCUUUGACAUGGUAUUCCCGGUCAAUAUCGGGUAUUCAUUCUCAGAUUGAUCGUGGGAGCGCAGAUCCUUAUGUGUCUCUGGUCAGCUGUGUGUUUUUGAUUCAUGACCUCCGCGCGAAGGCUUGCCACACUUCCGUCUCGUUCACCAAAGUUGAUCUUUUGGAAAACACGAUCAUCCCUUUAUUUCUGAGACUGAAUACUGUCGCCCUCACCAUAUCUGGCACACCCCCGAGUACAAUAUUUUCCUUUUCAAGAUCCGCGAAGAACGAAUUUGUGUCUCUUGACUCGGCCAGACAAGAAAUUACUGCACUAGCAGCCGAGUGCAUGAUCUUCCAACGCGAGGCGGAGCUGCAUCUCCGAGAUGUCGCCGAUGAAGCAGACGUUAAUCCACAACUUCGCGUCACACAACAAGACCUAAUCCAUCGACUUGAAAGCUGGCUACAUGCAUAUACCGAACUUUGCCAAAGACCACAGCACAGGCUUUCCACUGGCCCCGGAAAGCCCGCCGACUUCGAGCCAACCCUCCUCACUUACCACGCGGCUUCAUUUGUUUACGUUGCGACAUGCCUGACACGACACCAAUCCGUAUACGAUGCUCAUCUGAGCCAUUUCCAGACCAUAGUAGACCAGUCCAGUCUGGCCUUGAACGCAUUAGCCAGACCAAAUGGCAUUCCUCCCCCAUUCACAUUUGAAAUGGGAGUCGGCCUUCCCUUGUAUUUGACUGCGCUGAAAUGUCGUCAUCCAGUUCUACGGCGAAAGGCCUUACAACUAUCAAGGCAGGGGCCCCUUGUACAAGGGUUCUAUAAAUGCCUACCGGGAAUCGCCCUGGCUGGGCACCUCAUGACCCUUGAGGAAACCUACAGUACUCAGCUAGCUCAAACUAUGAACCAAAACAGCGUCUCCCAGCACUCAAACGUUAUCUAUGUCGGCGAUGACACCGAUAGUGUGUUGGAUCUCGCAGCACCCAUCCCCGAAGAAGCCCGUAUAUGUGAUGCUGGGGUCUUUAGACCCCAAAAUGGCAUCCCACCUGAUGUGUUGGAAGCGAAUGUUGCGAAGUGGAAUCGUGGUCCUGAGCAACUUUUCAUAUCGUUUCGACGACUUAGAUAUGAUGUUGACUCUGAUGCAUGGGUGACGGUGCACGACUGUGUUCCAAUGGAAUUUUGA